CCCAAUACUUUCUAUCUUCCUAAAUUUGGAGGCUCUUUCUGGCUGAUUUCUCCUCCCAAUUUCCACAAAGAAUUUCCAAAAUUGCAAAAUUCUCCGUAGGGUUUUCAACAAUUAAUUAUAAAGUUUUAAUCUUUAAACAAUUUUAGUAUUUGGGCAUGUAAUUUCUUGAAAAAAUUAUAAAGAUUUAAGCUUUAAAUAAUUUUCUUGUUUUUUUUUUUUUUUAAUAAAGUCUUAAUCUUUGAACAAUUUUAGUAAUUGGGUGUUUAAUUUCUUGAAAAAUUAUAAAGAUUUAAGCUUUAAUUAUUUUCUUGAAUUUAUUAGUACAAAGUUUUAAUCUUUAUGCAAUUUUAGUAUUUGGGAAUGUAAUUUCUUGAAUAUUUUUUUGUUAAAGAUUUAAGCUUUAAUUAUUUUCUUGAAUUUUAGAAAGAAAAAAAAAUUGGGAAAAUUUGAUGGAUUCUGAUUCUUGGGUUCGUCUUUCUACUUCUUCUAGACGUCAGCAAUCGAGAUCAGACUUCUACAAUAUAAUAGAAGAGUAUGAGGGUGAAGAUGAGUCCAGGCCGGAGUUUCUGUGCCCUUUUUGUGGCGAGGAUUUUGAUGUUGUUGGCCUUUGCUGUCAUAUUGACGAAGACCAUGCUGUUGAGGCUAAGAAUGGGCUAUGCCCCGUUUGUGCUAAACGGGUUGGGACGAAUUUGGUUGGCCAUGUUACGCAGCAACAUGGAAAUAUCCUGAAGGUUCAGCGCAAGAGACGAUUUCGAAGGGGUGGACCGAAUUCAACUCUUUCUAUUAUAAGAAAAGAGCUGAGAGAAGGAAGUCUACAAUCCAUUCUCAGGGGAUCGUCGCACUUGGUUUCUUCCGCCACUACAGAUGCUGAUCCAUUGUUAUCUUCCUUCAUUAACAGCUCAGCAUCGGUCGAUGAACCUUCUGAAGUUCAACCUCUGUCUUCUGCUUUAGCUGCAGCAUGCUCAACACAUGAAAGCACUGUCGAGAACUUGUCUGACAGAAAUAUUCAGCCAUCUCCACUAUCUGAGAAAGACCAAGUAGAGAAGGCAAAGAAAUGUGAGUUUGUGCAGGGGCUUCUACUAUCCACUUUUCUUGAAGAUGACGACGACGACAACUUCUAAUCGUUAUUAUGUAACUUGCAAUGUAGCUCUGUGAAAGAAAGAGAUGUUACAAAAUCUGUAGUAGUUAUUAGUGCCAAUUGGAACUUGGUAGAGUCCUACUGUAUUUAGCUCUAUAUAUGUAUGUUAAGUAAUCAAGACAGGUGCUUUCCAACUUUUGGAAUCAUACAAUAUAUUUCUAAUUUAAUCGUUUAAA